AUGGCUGCGCUGGCUCGGAGCGUCCUGGUGACAGGGUCCAACCGGGGCAUCGGACUGGAGCUUGUGCGGCAGCUGGCCGCCAGCCCCCGGCCCCCCCAGCACAUCUUUGCCACCUGCCGCGACCCCAAGGGUCCAAGAGGGAAGGCCCUGCAAGAAUUAGCUGCCCAGCACUCCAGCAUCAAACUGGUCCAGCUAGACACAGUGAAUUUGCCCAGCAUCCAAGGGGCCAUGCAGGCUGUGGGGUAUCAUCUGAAGGACCAGGGUUUGAACCUGCUCAUCAACAAUGCAGGCAUCAGCUCCCAUGCCACACUGCACUCCCUGGACUCGCAGGAGAUGCUCGAUGUGUUUGCCACCAACGCGGUUGGGCCACUCCAGGUUGUCAAGGUAUAUCUGGACCUUUCGGGUUUCUCCUGCUUGGGAAGAUGUUCCCCAGUGGGAAUAAGGAAUUUCUGCCACUCAUGGAGCCAAGGGAGGGAGGGUCUGAGCUGCAGCAGGGCCGCUGUCAUCAACAUCUCCAGCAAACUGGGCUCCCUUGGGCUGUGCCUCAGGGUGCCAGAGGCCCCCAUGUACCCGUACCGGGCCAGCAAGGCUGCCCAGAACAUGGUGACGAGGUGCUUGGCUGCAGAACUCCAGGACAAGGGGAUCUUGUGUGUGGCCAUCCAUCCUGGCUGGGUGAAGACUGACAUGGGCACAGAGCAGGCACUGCUGACAGUGGAGCACAGUGUGAGAGGCAUCCUGACUGUGCUGGCCAGCCUCUCACAGGACAAUUCUGGAGCCUUCCUCGACUGGGAAGGGAACAGCCUGCCAUGGUGAUGGACAAAUGGAUGACGUCUCUUGCCCAUGCUGCAGCCUCUGCUCAAUGGCUCACCA